GGUUGCUCAGACGCUCCUUCUAGUUUGCAAGUCUUCUAACGACGACUUUCGCCAACGGACUGCGCUCCUGUAGAGCGUUACCGUAGGCAAUACGUCACGGCCAGCAGAGGAAUACAUACCGCUCAGGCCUCUUGGUCGCGAGAACACAGCCUAUCCGGAUCUCGGGGCCUUCGCCAUGAAGUUCAGCUCAUCUCUGAAGUUCAAUGCGGUGUCGGAGUGGUGGGACGAAUACAUCAACUACGACGCGCUCAAGAAAUAUAUCUACCAGCUGGAGAAGCAGACUGUUACCUUCCGGGAUGCUGCCCAUGACCUCGAAGCGAAUGAGCAGACUUCUCUCAUUCAAGGUCAAGAUCACCUCUCAACGGAUGCGCUAUUUAUACCCCUUCUUGACCGCGAGUUAAAGAAGAUAUGCCUCUUCUAUGAGAUGCAAGAGUCAGAGCUCUUGAAGGAAGUUGAUAGCUUGCAAAGUCUGGUACAGCAGCAGGAGGACCGCGGACCGGACGUAGGACACCAGUAUGAGAGUCAUGGCUACGAUGAUGAGGAUGAAGACGAGGACGAAGACGACUUUGACAUGCACAGCGCAGAGCCUUCGUGGUCACGCUCGCCAACCGGUCGCAGGCAUAGGUCUUCGUCUGAUGCCCGCGGGAUGAUAGCCAGCAAUAGGAGACAAGACCGGCAAGCAGGUAACCGCAGAUACAGCCUCUCGUCCAACGAGGACCAUAUGGAUCUUGAGGCUAGCAUUGCUUCGUUGCGGUCGCAAGCACAUCAACAAGAACUUUCGGAAUCAUCGCAGCUCAUGCCUCCAGCAGGCAGAGGCAAGAGCACUAGCCGUUCACCCAUCCGCUCAGCUCGUGCCAUGGCUACACAGCUAUUCAGAAAGGGCAGUGUCGCUUCGGAGGCCCCGGAGACGGUAUGGACUGCGCGUAAUAACUACGCAAUGGAUAUCCAGCUACUGUUCAAGCGGAGGAUAGCAAAUCUAUAUCUCUCCCUCACGUCGCUCAGAUCUUACGUUGAGCUGAACUACACGGGUUUCCGUAAGAUUCUCAAGAAAUAUGAUAAGCUCACCGACAGUAAUCUAAAAGACCACUACAUCCAUGAUGUAGUCGAACAAGCCCCGCCUUUCAUACAAGCUACUAAGGACAAGUUGAACCACGCAAUUGACACCCUUAUCCAGCUUUACACAAGAUGCGUCACGCGAGGGGAUCUCUCAACCGCUAAGCGCCAGCUCAAGAUGAACCAACGUGAGCACAUCGCCUGGGAGCGCGAUACUGUCUGGCGACAGAUGGUCGGCCAUGCGAGACGAGGUGAAGAGAGCGCUACUGUACGUGCUCUCGGAGGAACACUUGUCCUCGAGCCGGAAAAAGGACUACUAGACAUCUCCACGCCCGUCGGACGGAUCAAGUUCAAGCGAAACCAUAUCUCCCUGUUGGUCGCGAUUGUUACAUUCAUUGUGUUGUUGAACGUCACGGUCAUCGACAAAAUAGCGGCCAACCGAUGCUUCGCGAUCCUCGUCUUCGCUACGUUAAUGUGGGCUACCGAGGCAAUUCCGCUCUUCGUCACCUCAAUGCUCAUCCCGUUGCUGUUGGUCUGUCUUCGUGUCAUACAAAAUGACGGGGAGCGCCUUUCCACGCCGGAGGCCACGAAGUGGAUAUUCUCAGUCAUGUUCACACCAACCAUCAUGCUGCUUAUUGGAGGGUUCACAAUUGCGGCAGCGCUCAGCAAAACCAACAUCGACAAGGUGCUUAUCACUCGCGUUCUUGCGCUUGCGGGGACUCGUCCAAGCACAGUAUUGCUCGCAUUCAUGGGUGUGGCAUGCUUCGCGAGUAUGUGGAUCAGUAAUGUUGCGGCUCCGACGCUUUGCUUUACCCUCAUCAAGCCGAUCCUGAGGACGCUCCCUGCGAGGUCGAACUUUGCACCCUGCUUGAUCCUCGCAAUUGCCCUGGCUGCAAACAUCGGUGGUCAAAGUUCACCCAUCUCUUCGCCUCAGAACUUGAUCGCACUUAAUGAGAUGGAUGAGAAAGUAGACUGGGCCAAGUGGUUUGCCGUGGCGCUCCCCGUGUCUACCAUCUCGAUAGUGCUCAUCUGGCUUUUGCUACUCGUGAGCUAUCGUCCAGCGCGCUCUCCUGAUGGCGAGGGUGAUAUCGAGAUCAGGCCCAUCAGACCGACGCGGGAUCCUUUCACAGCCAAGCAGUAUUGGGUGUGCUUCAUUUGCAUUGUCACCAUUGCUCUAUGGUGUGUGGAACACGAGAUUGAGGAAUGGGUCGGCGAUAUGGGUGUCAUUGCCUUAAUUCCUAUUGUAGCGUUCUUCUCGACUGGGGUGCUCAAUAAGGAUGACUUUGAUCAGUUCUUGUGGACAGUCGUUUUCCUUGCCAUGGGCGGUAUCGCACUAGGCAAAGGUGUCACGUCAAGCGGGCUGCUCGAUGUGAUGGACAACAUUAUCCGCCACAUGGUCGAAGAUUUGUCUUUGUACACUGUUGUCCUGGUGCUCUCCGUCAUCGUGCUGGUCGUGUCUACAUUCAUCAGCCACACAAUUGCGAGCCUGCUUCUGGUGCCCAUCGCCAAGCAGGUUAGCAGCAGCCUGCCGGGCAACCCGCAGAACCUGUUGAUUUUCCUGACCGCUCUCAUCUGCUCGACCGGCAUGGGUAUGCCAGUCUCAGGCUUCCCGAACCAAACCGCGGCGACCCAAGAGGAUGAUAUGGGGCAGUUGUACCUCUCCAAUAUUGACUUCCUGAAGAACGGUGUUCCUGCGAGUAUCAUCGCUACAAUGGUGGUUUCGACCGUGGGCUACUUGCUGAUGACCAUUAUUCUAUGACGAACUCGCGCUCAGGCACUCUUUUUUGAUCGAUCUCAGACAGCAGCGAGGUCUUGAUCCAAGACGUUUGGACGCUGGGAUGAAUUCUCCGGCAAAUUAUGCAUAGCGGGCUGAUGUAUACGGCAUAGCGGGCUGAUGUAUACGCGACCUAGACACACCGAUCAAUACAUGAAGUGGCUACAGUCUAGAUAACAUCAUUAUGUCAGGGUCAUAGCAAUCAUGAGUGGUCGUAAUGGGGUCGUAAGAUGUCGUGGCGGCGUCGUGAGAGAUGUUGUAAGGCUUUAAUAAAACAGAGAAGAAGUUCAAGUAAACCGAGAAGGUCCUAUCACUUCCCGUCACGAACGGCGACCGGCGGCUUUCUUAGCAUCAGCCUUAGGACAACGACGCAAACACCGAGACCGACGAGCAGGGCGUAUUGAGGAAUAUCAGACAUCGUGGAUAGCUCGUCAGGAGGUGGCCGCCUACGUCGACGCGUGUCCUCUCUGUUGCCGGUGCCUGACGGGCGUAAAGUAGCAGGUAGAGCCUGUCUCACCGCUGUCGGCAAGAAAGACGAGCUGAAUGCAAGAAGAGAAGACGUCGAAGGGGAGGUGGUCUCAUCCAGACGGGUAUCGGGGUCCGUGUCCGCACGGCAGUGGGGGCACGCUUGUGAACCUGGGGAUCGAACUUCGACAGCAGCAACGUCCCGAGCCUUCGUGAGCUCGAGUUCCUGGGCCGCGACGAGCUUCUCUAGCUCGAGAUUCCUCGACUCCACGUCGUGAAGGCGCCGCGUGAGGUCCUCGACCAAGAGACGGCUCUCCUUCAACUCCGCCGUCAGCAGAACCAACGCGUCGCUGUCCUCGGGUUUGUUCCCCGCCGUGGCCUGAACAGCUUGGUCUUGCGCCACAACAGGGCCAGCCAGAGACUUGUCCACUGGUGACGCAGGCUCCGCGGACGAGGGAGCGAAGACAGCAGUCACGACUCGGCGCUCCUGCUUCCGCUUGAUGAGGAGGGUGUGACGGGGCAGCGAGCGGACUUUCUUGUCAGGGUCCGCAGUCAAGUCCACGAUGCGCUGAGCGUCGUCCUCCGCCGCGGGCUCGGGGACACGCUUGACGGUGACGCAGGCAUCCGUGUCGAACGCUUCCCACGCCCGCACUCCGACAGACUUUGCCUCGGUCUCGGCGAGAAGGACCUCAACUGAGGGCUCCUCGACAAAGUCGGCGGGCGGCCGACCAGACUUCUCGAGGGGCAGCUCGAGCUUGAUGAGACUCUUCGUCGGGGACGUGGGGGACAGCACCAUCGCGUCCUCGGGGACGAAACACGCAUGACGAGGGGCCUCGUUUCGUGCGCCGUCGUGCAGUUGCUGCCUCGCUUCCCUCGCAACCGUUCUCUCCCAUCUACGACUCGUACUCGUCUGCGAGCUCCGCGGAGCUGACCAGCGACGAAGAGGACCUCGGCGUCUCGAGACGCCGCUCUUGGGAGGCAUUCUUCAGGAAGCUCGCGGGGACGGGGAGGGGCUGGGGAGGGCUCAGGUCAAAGCAUGAUCCCUCGAUAUCGAGAGACUUUGAAUGCUUGCGGUGAAGACGGUCUUCCCGUUUGCGAGUAGGGCUGGCAAGCAAUGGAACAUAGUGGUGCUUCCCGGCAGCCGCGUUGUGCCCUGACGAGUUGGAACGGGUAAGAACGCCGGUGGAGGUGGUUCGAAUGGCGUAGGGAUGGGGGUUCGGCUUCACCGCAGCGUUCUGCUUCAGGACAGGGAAGUCGACGCUAGCGGGAGAAGGUGACAUGGCAGGUCGCGGGGCGUCCAUGUCUGCAAAAUGCAAAAUAAGUUACGGGACGUGCCAAAAAGCGGUCGUCGUUGGCUAAUUAGACAGGCGGAUACCAAUUGACGAAUGAAGACGUGGUAUAACGCUCUAACCUACAAGAGAUAAACAGGCCCGUCCAGCUAGAGCUACAAGCGUAUCGGUGUGGGAGCCAAGUAAACAGGUGGGCGAAAAGAGAGGAAUCCACAGGUAGAGACGAGUUUGAGAGUACAGCACAGCACUUGUGGCCCCGCUGUUAACGACGGCCGAUGGGUAUUUUGCUCGGAGGGAGCUGCACCGUGGGGCUGAAAGGGAAUCGAGAAUAGCUAGGGACCAACAACACUCAACAACCUCGCGGAUGCGGCUUGUGACCGAGGCCUGAUGGUGACACACCAUUUUUGGCAGUCACGUUCAC